AUGAAAGUGAUCAUGGUGUCCGCAAACAAAGCGCCUGCUGAUAAGCUUCCUCUCGCCGUUCGGAAAAACGUACGAGAUGGUUGGGAGAACCGGAAGGUAGAUCUUGAAGCUCAGCUUUUGACCCUCCUUGGCGUGGCUUGGACCUUCGAAGUCAACCCGCUAGCUAUCUUCCCUUAUGCCGAAGAAAGGUCGUAUGGAUAUGACUCACUCGGGGAUUGUAUCUUUGCCUACUGCGAUAAUUUCAUCGGGAAUCUAAGAUCCUUCCUCGAAAAGCACGGCGAUAGCGGCAAAAUUGAGCUCAACAGAGUCUGCCCAACUCACGUUGUGACUCUUGUCGCAUCCACUAAAUUCAGGUAUUGCGGAACUGCAGUCACCGAUGGUCGUCUCUCUCUACUCUUCCAUCCCGAAAAACUCGGUACCAACAUUAACGACCUGGCCCAAAACCUCAUCGAGACUCUUUCGACAGCUCCUCAGCCUGAUGGAGCUUCAUAUCUCAGCUUCGCAGCUCGUCGCUCUAUCGAGACUGAUUACGAUGCCAAAAUCGGUGCUUACUUGGAGAAGGCUCAAAAGACGCUCCAGAACCCUGAGUUGAAAUUCGAGCCCGGCUUCAAUGAUAUAGGAGCAAAGCUCCAAGCGGGGAAAGACGUGCGUGAGGAUUGGGAAACCAACCUAGGGUUGUUGGCCAUAGGUUACUAUGAGGGUUUCUUGGAUAUUUUGGCUAGUGAGAAAUUUGCUGAAGAUGAUAUGCUAAGGGAUGGACUUGCGGAGGCCGCACCGCAAGGUGUUGUGAAGCUGCGAAUCGUGGAUACGUUAACAACGGACCAGACUGGACACAACGAGAUUGUGAUUGAUGACGGCGCACUAGUUAUCCAGACCACGCCUGAGAAUUGGGGUACGAAUAUCCACUACGCUACUUCAAAAUUAGUGGACAUUCUGUAG